UCUACUAUGGCGGCCAGCAGCAGACAGGUAGAGGCGAGAAUUGAUGAAAAGCCUGAAAUUAUGUACGAUGAUUUUAGGGAAGAGUUACUCCAUAAACUCAACGAACUCAGAGAAUCGAAUUCUCUCUGUGAUACAACAAUUCGAGCCCAAGGACAGGAUUUCCCUGCCCACAGAUGUGUUCUGUCAGCUGCAAGCCCUUACUUCCGUGCCAUGUUUACAAGUGAAUUAAAGGAAAAAGAAAGUGACCUUGUCGAGUUAAAGGAGAUGAAAUCUAGCACGAUUAGCGAUGUUCUUCAUUAUAUUUAUACCGGUGAAACAGCAAUCGACUCUUCCAACGCGAAAGAUUUGGUCAUGGUCGCCGACUAUUUGAUGAUACCAAGUUUGAAAAGGAAAGCUGCAGUUUUCCUCCAGAAUGAAAUGCUAAAUGUUUCCAGUUGUUUAGCUUUAGAAUCGUUCGCUUCUCAGUACGAUUGCAAGCAACUAAGGCAAGCCGCAGUUUCUUUCCAAACUGAGAAUUUUGUAGACGUCUCUAGAUCUGAAGAUUUCACUUUACUUGAUUCGAGAAAAUUACAAGAACUGAUUUGCAUGGACGAGCUAAACGUGGCUGAAGAAGAGGAAGUGUAUGAAGCAGUGAUGACCUGGGUGAAACAUGAUCUACCAUCCAGAGAGUGCACUCUUCCAGAAUUGUUGAAAUCUGUUAGAUUGUUUUCAAUGUCAAAAUCCAGUCUUCGAAGAAUACUUGAUCAAGAGCUGGUUUCUAAAAGUCUCGCAUGUACGAGGAUUGUAAUAAAUGCGUUGGAUUUGUUCCUUUUCCCAGUGUUGUCGCAUGACAUUUCACUGACACCUCGCUCGUCAUUAAAUAAUUAUGAAGAUGUAGUGGUACUCACACGUUCUGAGCUACCAUCUGAUGAAAAUGAUAACGACAGAACUCAUUUUUUUGUUCUCGCCACUAUGACCUGGGGGUCCCUCCCCACGGUGCCUUCCAACUGCGAACAUCAUGUAGCAGCAGCAGUGUGCGGAGGACUCUUGUAUGUAGUAGGAGAUUUUGGAUCAACUUCAUUGAGUUGUUUUAACCCAAAGCAGAAUAAGUGGAGCACUCCUGAUACAAAAUUAAACUGCAAAGGCUGUACAGUCACAUCUUUUGAUGAUGAGCUCUUUGUGAUAGGUGGUGAGGAUUCUUGGCAUGAUGUUCAAAUAUACAAUCCAGUUCUUAAAGAGUGGAGACAAGGAGCAUCAAUGGAAGCUGCUCGUGCAGGACAUAAUGCAGUUUUACUUCAAGGACAUAUUUAUGUCAUUGCUGGUCACAAUGGUGAGCAAUGUCAGAACAGUGCAGAGUGUUACAAUCCAUUAACUGACCAAUGGGCUGAGAUUUCAAGCAUGUCUGAUGUUCGAAGGUCAGCUGCUGCUGUGGCAGUUGGUGGAAAAAUUUUAGUUGUUGGAGGAUUUGGUGACAUGUCAGUUUACACUGUAGAGUCUUCCUGCGAAAUAUUUGAUCCAGGGACAAAUCAGUGGAACCUGGUACCUAGUCUAGAUAUUCCUCGUGCUCGCUGUGGUAUUGUGGGUGUAGGAGACACUGUUUAUUUAUUUGGAGGUGAGGAUGAAAAUGAAUGUAGGAGCGACGUGCAAUGUUUUGAUUUAAAAACAAGUAAGUGGCAUGAAAUAUCAAUUAUUCCAAUGUAUCCUUAUAGUGGCAUACAAGCAUCUUUGCUGAAAUUACCCAAACAUUUUAGCAAAAAUAGUCACUCAAUAUGAAAUCACAUCUUGAAAGGGUGGAAUAGUUUCUCAGUUUUUUGUAGAAAUUUCAAUAAAUGUCAACAGGAGAAAAGGAUCAUUGAAAUAAUUGCUCUGAUUACUUUACCUGUACAACAUAAUUAAUACAUACUGUAUUAAAUGGCAAUAAGAAUGAAGUUUUUCAUUUAAGGUGGUAUUUUUAAUGAAGUAUUUCAGCAUAUAGUUUACUGGAUAGUGACAUUUUUGUCACCAGCAAAGUUUGAUCGAUUGAUUAAAUAACCAACAUUUUCUUCCGAACAAAGACAUGUGACUGAAAAAAUGGUCCUAUUGGGUGCAAACAGGACCUGAUUAAUUUUCAAAACCCUUCAAAUCUUUAGUUUAUAACUGUUUAGCAUUUGAUGUUCAGGUCUUAGGGAAAAAACUGUUAAGUUAAUAAAAAUGCAGGAAGCACUUGCAUGCCUUACCAGGUUUUGACCAAUUCCCUUUUAAAUGAGGUUUGGAAAUCCAUUCUUUUCACUAUUAGAGCAAACUUGCAAGGAUGCCCCUCAACCUUGGCAGCAAAAUAUGUCAAUUAUUUGUAUCCAGUAAGAACUUUUUCCUCUGUUAUCUGCCCAAAAUUUGUCAGAUAAAAAUGAUAUUAUUUAUUGUUAUUAACUGUUGUUAUGAUACUAGGGCUAUACCCUAGCAAAGCCAUGGUGCUACAUCAACUAAAUUUAGU